AUGCUUUGGGAGAUCCCCAAGCUGAGGAGUAACUCAAGGAUGCUUGACCACAUCAGGCCUGUUUCUUCCUCCCUGGAGCACAGUUUUGUUCUAGAAGAGGUUUUCUGAAGCCUGACCUGUGCCAGUAGUACUCUUUACAGCUUAGAGCACUUAUGGUCCCUGAAAACCACCAAAACCACAAUGGGAUUCAGGGUGACCACAUGUGCCUUGUCUGCAGGGUGCCUGCAAACCCUGGCUUGGCUUUGGCAUUAUCCUAAUUGUCAGAACAAGUUCAGACACCUGACAGACCAUCCUGUCAGUCUGAUAGGCACUAGAAGAGAUGUCUCUUACCUGUGCGAUGUUGCAACUGGCCAAGAAGCUAAGAAAGCAAUGACUGGCAGAAGCUCUUUUUCUGAGGGUCGUCAGGAUCAGAGGGAGCCGUCGUAUAGCCCUACAUGUUCUCCUGAGUCAGCCCUAGCAGAUAGUCUGGUUCCCAAGGAGUUUCACAUCUUGAAGAACCAGGGAGUUUUGCCCUUGAAGUACUUCAAUCAAAAUCCUUCUGGGAGGCUAGAGGUCAUCCUGAUGGAGAGCAUGUUGGAAAAAGCUGGAGAAGACAAGCUAAUCAGAGUAACAGGACCUUCACAGCUGCACAAUGCACUGGAGCUGAUGAAGGCAGAGCAGAACAUCUGCAACAUCGUUUACCAUGAGCUGAUUCGGCAGGUCAGCGUGGACUGCAUGGAGAGAGAACAGCUGCUUUCAAAGCUCAGGCAGAGGUGCAUGAGUCUCUUGGAGCAGAUUCCUGAACAGAUGAAGACCCUUUGCAAACAAACGAUGGCACAGCAGUUGGAACUCCUCUAUUUUAAAGAAACUGUUGGACAGCUGGCCAGUGAGCUGUACAAGGUACGAGAACAUGACCACAAGGUGACCAAAGAAGCAGAAAAAGCUCAAGAGGAGCUAGCUGCAGACAUGCAGGAAGCUAAGGCAAAUGCAAAGUUGUUUUCAAAGCUGAGCUUGGGAACUUUCUGCAGCAUGCUGCUAGAAGGAUCAGCAGUUAUACGAGUUGCAGGAAGACGACUGGAAGAGCAAGUUCUGCUGCUAGCCCAAGAGAGAGAUGCUUGCAGCUCAGCUGUGUAUGACCUGGAUCUGAAGAUAAUAGACAGAGACCAGCUGACAUUGGUUUGUAGGCUCCAUGUCAGUGAAAAGACACUGACCAACAUUCUCAAGCAUUUCAUAGUCCUCUUGGCCUCAAAGUGCCUGCAAGACACAGGAGACCUGGCUGAUCUGCAGGAAGAGACUGAGCAGUUCAGGGAGAGAUUGAGUCACAUUGGAGCUGAAAUAGAGCAUUGCAAGGAGUCCAUCCAGGGAAAACUGCAAAUUGUCUGCAGCAGCCUCAACAAGCAGCUUCAAUACUUCCACAGCUCUGGCUCCUCUCCAAUGAAUGAAACGCUACUGGAUGAAAUCCUACAAGAUACUAAGAACCUGAUAAAUAUGCUAAAAGAAGACCUACAGCAGUACAGCAGGGAAGUGCACCUAAGAUGGACGGAAAGUCUGAGAAGCAGUGCCAGCCUGCAGGAGCACUGGAUGGAGUUGGGAUAAACAGUGCUCAGUCAACACUGGGACUCUGCUGGAGCGUUGCCUCCACAGCACGCUGCCCUGGCAGAAAUCAACCAAAGGGCACAUAAACUCUACCAGCAAUACAAUACAAGGAUAAGUGGGAAUAACAGCACAGCUAGGUUUUUGACAGCCUUGGUGAGAAGUAUGGAAGAUUGGUUAUUCAAGGUGCAAAAGCCAAAGCGAGGUUCUGGCAUGAAUAAAGUUGAGCUGUAGGCAUUUUAUCACAAGAUUCCUGGGUGGCUGGCCCAGGUGGAUGCAGUGAUGAGCUGCAUAGGCUCCAGACAGUUGCAUGAAGCUGAGAGUGAUAAGGAACCACAUUUCCCAUAAGGACAGAUGGUGGAACCUAGAGAAUUUUUUAAGAUGAUUCAGUGGUGGGUUCUGUCCAUGAACAAUGAGAUUGAGAAGAACAUCACACAUCUUAACGAAAAAGUGACAGAACUGGACAGAAACCUGACCCUGUGGCUGGUGAAUUUGCUGAGACACAUGACAGCAGGCCACUUGUCCCGGGAGUGUCCCCAGUGGCAAGAGUCAGACACCAAGACAAAUGAGGAGCUCAGACUUCUCAGGGCUCAUAAGCUGCACCAUGAAGCUGAAGAGCUGGUUGCAGGGAUGGGCAGACUCUCUGGUUCUAUAGUCAACUGCUGCCAUGAGAUUGUCAAUGCCGUUGUUCAAAAGAAAUGGUCUGAGAUGGAUUCAGCAGCUGAUUUUGAGCUGGAGGAGCUGAAUAAGAUCAAGACCAAGUGCUGUAAUUGGAAUCAGGUGUGUAGCCUUCUCCUUUCAGAGAUCAAAGGCACUCCGGUCUCCUUUCUGGAUUUAGAAGAACUAUUUGGAUCAGAGCUUAAGGACACUACCAUUUCUUCAACUCAGGAAGAACUUGAAGCUGAAGAUGCUAACAGCAGUAGAAAACCCAUAACAGAGGAAGAAACAUUAGAAGUAAAUGUGGAAUUUUCUAUUAUGCAGCAGCCAGGUGCUGGUAUGGAUUAUCUGACUGAGGACAACGAAGCCACUGCAGACGUUAUCAGAUACAUAGGACAUGACUCCAACAUCCACCUGAAAUCUCUGAAGUCAGACAUUGCAUUAGUUACAGGGAGGGAGAUGACUGCCACCAAGUCAUCGACUCCCUUUUCUCAGAAAGAGUUUGAAGCCCUGGCAGUGUUGGAACAUCUGCAAGUGCAGCUCUUAGAAAUGGAGAUCCAUGCUCAGAAUGCAGAGAAGAGAUCUGAAGGUCUUGAAGAGAAGCUGGAAGAAGCUCUGAGGAGAAUCAAAGAGCUAGAGAGUGAGCUGGAGGAAGAGGGGAAAGUCACCCCAGAAGCAACUCACAAAGAAGAGCAAGAAAACUGUUUCCAAGAAAGUGUGUCAGAAGUCAGACCCUGCUCAAGUCCCAAAGCUUCUAGCUCUGUCCAGUCCAAGGGAUCCAGAAAAACCAAACAUUAAAGGACAGCAACGCCCACAUAGUUUCUUAGUGCCUAUUCACAGUUGCAUUUCACCCCUGAUCCACUGCCAUUAUUCUUUACCUACUACCCCAACAU